AUGAACGCAUUAAUAGAUAAGAAUAUUUCACAAUCUAAAACUUCCAGUCAACAUCGAAUUCGUAUUGAUAAUCAACCAGAUGAUAAUAGUGCAUACAAUGAUUCUCUUGUAGAAAGAUUUAAGCAAUGGUUAUAUGGAAAAAAACGAUGGAAUCAUAAGUCUAUGUCAGAAGCUCAAAUGGUCGUGGGAAACAAUACUAUUGAUCAUAAUAACGAAAUCGUGUGUAUAAAUGAUAUCCCAUUUGUCAUUCCAAGACGACUAGAAGAGAUCCGACAAGAAACAACAGAAGAUUUUGAACGAGCAAAACUUAUAAUACGUCGUAUGGAUGAAUAUCUUGUUUCACCUGAAGAACAAGAUGAAGCUAAACGACAACGUCAUUUAGAUACAUCUCUUGGUUUAUGUGCUUUAGCUUCAGCAGCUAAUUCAAUACAGAAAAUAUCGUUUCGUGAAGUACUAAGUGUUGACGAAUCACUACCAGAUACAUCAAGACGUUUAUCAAUAAAAGACGGAUCUGUGAAAGAUAUUUUUCGUAGAGUAGAAAAAAAUGAUCCAAUAACAGAUUUUCAAGAAGCACAUGAUCUAAUUGAGUUUGAAGAGGCACUUACUGAACAUAGCAAAAAUUUACUGAGAAAAGAUCCAUUUAAAUUAUCAGAUAUGCUUUAUUUAAAGUUUUGCUUAAUGCUUGAAUUACAACGUGAUGAAAAUGAAAGUUGCUUACGUAUAUUGUUACAUGAUAUUAUAUUUAAAUUUCAUUUAAAAGGUUUUCGUCUACGUUGUCAGAUUCAUGUAAAAAAACCGAUUGAACAUGAAUUAACUAUUGAAAAAGUUGUGAAUGAAUCACAUUUAACUACAAAUUAUGCAGCACAAUUUAUCAUUUGGUCAGGCGAUUGGAUUGUUCAACAAGAAGUUGACUUAUAUAUUGUUAUGAAGGUUGAAUCCUUAUCGAUAAAUAAAUAUAUAGGUCCGAAAUUUUGGGAUAUGGCACAUUUACAUGUCAAAAAUGUUCCACAUGGAGCUUCGAGAAUUUUUUUACGUGAACUUACACCUGUCACUCGACCAUCAAAAAUUCUUUCACGUGGUAUUAAUGUUGGUCAAGUAGAAAUUGAAGCCGGAUAUUGGCCUGAUAAAUGUGAAUUAUCGAUUCAUAUUGUUAAAGUUAGCCACUCACAAGCAGAACGCUUAUUGAGAGCACCUGAAACAUUUGUUGAAGUAGUUUUUCAAGGUCCAUUUGAUAUAUUUGAAAUCAAACAAACAAAAGUAGCUGAUCGUUCAUUAAACCCAAAAUUUGACGAAGAAUUUUUCUUUCAAAUUCCAGACAAAACAGCAGUCAGUGAUAUAACGGUUGAUUUGAUAUUUCUUGAAAAAUCAUCCAUAUCUUCUCAUCCUGGCGUACUUGGAGUAUUAACAAUAUCAAAACAUACAGAUUGGUAUCCUAUGAGAAAAUUUUGGGCUGAUGUGGAGGAAAAUCCAAAUAUGAAAUUGAAAAGUAGUUUUCUAUUUGAAGGCAAUGUCGAUGAGUAA